AUGGCAGCCAGCAGUGCCUCAUCGUACAUCCGGCUGGCCAAGACGCUGCCGCCGCGGCUGCAGGUGUUCCUGGCUCGCUACCCUCCUGCGGCGAUCCUCCCCACGGCCACGGCCGAGACGCAAGCCCCGCCCGCGCCCACGACGUACCAGCAGGCGACCCCCAACCCUUUCAAGCCGACAAAGCACCCGGUGACUGGCCUCUGGCAGAACCCCGUCUACUCGCUGCGGCGGCAGGCGGAGCUCGUCAAGCUGGCGCGAGACCACGGCGUCGAGGAGCUGCUUCCUGACGGGCCCAAGGGCACCGACGUCAGGCUGCGGAAGCGCGUCGAACUCGGUCUCAGGGUCAAGGGUACUGGCGUUGGGCAGAAGGUCAAGGGUCACAUCUUUGAGAGGAAUCUCGUCGACAAGAUGGAGAAGAGGAGAAAGGCCAUGCGCGACAUGCCCAAGCUGAUUGCCGAAUGGAAACGGGUAAGCAAGAUCAGACUUGGACAAGACCUCAGACAAAACACUGACCACUCCCAACAUCACAGACCGGACGGAGGAACUGGACCAAGUUCCCGAAAUAAACGAUUGGUUGGAGAUGAGUGGGCGACGGCGGCCAUCUCAGGUGUAUAUAUCUUGUAUCAACAUAAAAUUUCAAAGCCCCUCCUCCACCAGCUUCUGAGAACCAUCAUCAUCGACAAUGAGCAACAAGACAAGAAAAUGUAUGUCUCCGGGGUAACACAUUACGAGGUGCUCGGAAUAUCGAGGGAAAUUCUCGACGAGGCCAAGGAAGCCCAGCGCCCUCAAAUCAUCAAGCGCGCCUACCACCGCGCCCUCCUCAGGCACCACCCGGACAAGGCAGCAGCAGCGGCCGCGACUGCCACACCGUCGAAACCAACGACGGCAGGCGUGGCACAGACGGGGCAGCCAGCAGCAGGAUCGACCAUCUUCACAAUCGACCAGAUAUCCACCGCGUCGGCCGUGCUGUCUGACUGGGCGCGGAGAAAAGAGUACGACGCCGCCUUGAGCCUCUCGCGCGCCGGCCGUCACGCCGACGCUACGGGCCGGCAGCAACCUUCCGACUUCCAGACCGGGAUCGAGACCGUGGACCUGGACGACCUGGACGCGGACGAGGAGCGCGGACUGUGGUCACGUGGAUGCCGCUGUGGGAACGAGAGGGGCUUUGAGCUGAGCGAGGACGACCUGGAGGCGGUUGCUGACGAGGGUGAGCUCAUAGUUGGAUGCCAGGAUUGUAGCUUGUGGCUCAGGGUGCAUUUCUCUGUCCUGCACGAAGAUUAA